GGUCAGGGGUUGGGGUUCGGGUCGCGGGGCGGAGGGAAGAGCGGGCAGGCGGGAGGCGCCGGAGCCAGACGCGGAGGAAAGAAGCUACGACUAGUCGCCUAGAGGCCUCGGAGUCAGUGAAGACCGAACCAGUCGAGCUGCCGCCGCCGCCGCGUUCCCAUGGCGGCCGCCCAGGUCUGGAACCGCCGCCGGCCUCCGUGGCGGAAGCUCGUGUUCCAACGAGGGGGACGGGUCGUGGACACGCCGACCCAGGGCGGGGGCGGCUUUGUUGGCUGCUAGUGUCUGGUCGGAUGCCGGCCGCAGCGGAGCCGCAGUGCUGUGAAACCAAAGGAAGAACAGCGAAGGGCUUAUGUUUUCUUUUCCUGUUUGAGUCUAGUAGUAUCAUUAUCUUCAUUUUACCGGACCCUCAUCAGGACCAUGAUACCUCUACUGAGAAUGCAGAUGAGUCCAAUCACGACCCCCAGUUUGAGCCUAUAGUUUCGCUCCCUGAGCAAGAAAUUAAAACGCUGGAGGAAGAUGAAGAGGAACUUUUUAAGAUGCGAGCAAAGCUAUUUCGAUUUGCUUCAGAGAAUGAUCUUCCAGAAUGGAAGGAACGAGGCACUGGUGAUGUCAAGCUCCUGAAACAUAAGGAGAAAGGAACCAUCCGCCUUCUCAUGAGGAGGGACAAGACCCUGAAGAUAUGCGCCAACCACUAUAUCACGCCAACGAUGGAACUGAAGCCAAACGCCGGCAGCGACCGKGCCUGGGUUUGGAACACCCAUGCUGACUUUGCUGAUGAGUACCCUAAGCCAGAGCUGCUCGCCAUYCGCUUCCUAAACGCUGAGAAUGCACAAAAAUUCAAAACAAAGUUUGAAGAAUGCAGGAAAGCGAUUGAAGAGAGAGAAAAGAAAGGUGACACUAUGCUCCUGGAAAUGGGGGGUUCCUUGCAGACUCACUCUGCACCCAGCUGCAGUCCCAGUGAUAACUGCACUGGUACUGGAGGGUGGGAUUUCCUGCGGGAGGUGGGCCUGCUCACCGGGCCUAUCCCGUUACUGGGCAAGGUGAUGGCGCCCCCCUGUGGGGCAUCCAGCCUCUGGGAGGAGUCCCAGGGUCUCACCCUUCCAAGCCUGCAACCUGGGCCAGGAUGCGGAGGGGCCUAUGGCCYCUGCUCGGUUCAGACCUGA